AAAUAGCAAUAUUCCCAACUCCAUAUCGCAAGGAUGUGGACUGUCCCUUCCUGUUUUAGUGCCGAGAGAGCCACCGUAGCGCCUCAGACAGUAGCAGGAAUACAGGCACCCACAACGCGAUUAUGUCCGGAUUUUCGCCGCGUUCGUCGGGCACACGGAGCCGCACUACGCGCCGCGGGCUGCACCGCUUUUGCUGUUAGGGGACGCGGUUAUGCUGUUCUCCCGGUAGCUGGUAACAUAGCAGGCCUGUUUAUUGCGUUGCCAACCCUUGUUCCUUUCCUGUGUCAAUGAUUGUCCUCCCCUCAGUCUCUCAUGGCGGAGACUAAAAUAAUAUAUCACAUAGACGAGGAGGAGACUCCUUAUCUGGUCAAGCUGUCUGUUCCUCCGGAGAAAGUCACUUUAGCGGAUUUUAAAAAUGUCCUCAACAACCGACCCGUCAAUAGCUACAAAUUCUUCUUUAAAUCCAUGGACCAGGAUUUUGGGGUGGUCAAAGAAGAGAUUUCCGACGACAACGCCAAGCUGCCGUGCUUCAACGGGCGGGUGGUGUCCUGGCUGGUCCUGGCAGAGAGCGCUCACUCUGAUGGAGGGUCUCAGUGCACGGAGAGCCACCCAGAGCUUCCCCCUCCCCUCGAGAGAACGGGGGGCAUCGGAGACUCGCGACCCCCCUCCUUCCAUGCCAACGCAGUGAGCAGCCGCGACGGCCUGGACACGGAAACGGGGACGGAGUCUCUGCUGAGCCACCGCAGGGAGCGAGAGAGAGAGCGCGCACGGAGGAGAGCGAGAGAGACCGAGCUCCCUCGCAUCAACGGUCACUCUAAAUCCGAGCGCACCGCCAGGGACUCGGCCAUGGGUUACGACAGCGCCUCGGUAAUGAGCAGCGAGCUGGAUUCCAGCUCAUUUGUUGACAGCGAGGAGGAUGAGGAUGCCAGCAGGCUCAGCAGCUCCACAGAACAAAGUUCUUCUUCGCAGCUCAUGCGCAGACACAAGCGGCGCAGACGGAGACACAAAAUGGCCAAGAUAGACCGGUCUUCAUCUUUCAGCAGUAUCACAGACUCCACCAUGAGCCUCAACAUCAUCACCGUCACACUCAACAUGGAGAAAUACAACUUCCUGGGCAUCAGUAUUGUAGGUCAGAGUAACGACCGGGGAGAUGGCGGCAUUUACAUUGGCUCCAUCAUGAAGGGAGGAGCCGUGGCUGCUGACGGCAGAAUAGAACCAGGAGACAUGCUCCUGCAGGUAAAUGAUGUGAAUUUUGAGAACAUGAGCAACGAUGACGCUGUGAGGAUCCUGAGAGAAAUCGUUUCUAAGACUGGCCCUAUUAGUCUCACUGUUGCCAAAUGUUGGGAUCCGUCUCCGCGGAGUUACUUCACCAUCCCUCGUGCGGAGCCAGUGAGACCCAUCGACCCUGCAGCCUGGAUUUCUCACACCACAGCGCUGACGGGACCUUAUCCACAUUACGGUAAAGACAGCCAGAGUCUUCUUUAUGAAAACACUUUGAGUAAUAAUUCAGAUUUUGACAAACAUAUAUAUAUAUAUUUUUUUUUUCCCCAUUCUUUCUCUGUCUCAGAAUUUGAUGACCUGCCUCUGUCGGUUGGUAAAACAGACAUGGCAACCAUUGUGAAGGUGAUGCAGCUGCCUGACUCUGGCCUGGAGAUACGCGACAGGAUGUGGCUGAAGAUCACCAUCGCCAAUGCCGUCAUAGGUGCUGAUGUGGUGGACUGGCUUUACUCCAGAGUGGAGGGCUUCAAGGACCGGCGAGAUGCACGGAAGUACGCGAGCAGUCUGCUGAAACAUGGCUACCUGAGACACACCGUCAACAAAAUCACCUUCUCUGAACAGUGCUACUACACAUUUGGGGACCUCUGCCAAAACAUGGCGUCACUCAAUCUGAAUGAGGGAUCCAGUGGCGGAGGCUCUGAGCAGGACACGUUGGCGCCGCUACCUCCCACCACCAACCCUUGGCCUCUUGGUGGGCAGCCGUUCCCUUACCCUCCGUUUCCGUCGGCGCCCCCCUGCUUCCCGCCGGGAUACUCCGACCCGUGCCACAGUUUCCACAGCGGGAGCGCCGGCAGCCAGCACAGUGAGGGAAGUCGAAGCAGUGGAUCAAACCCCAGCGCAGGCAAAGACAGACGCUCCCCGCAGGAGAAGGCUCAGAGGACGACGUGCUGCGAGUCGGAGCCCGGCGUCCGCGGAGCGAGGCGGGGCGACCGCUCCGCCAGCCAGAUGAGCCACCACAGCCACGCCAGGUCGAGCCUCAGUCACAGCCACUCGCACAGGAGCCACUCGCUGUCCCAGAGCAACCACCCCUCCUUCGGCUACAGCCACACCCCCUUCACCCAGGUGGGGCCGGGCUCCUGCGCGCAGAGCGAGCGGAGCCACGCCUCCUCCUACGGUCCCCCAGGCUUGCCUCCCCCUUACUGUCUAGCUCGCCUCGCCCCCAAACCCUCGGUGAGCAGCAGCACGCCCCCCGGAGCGCCGCCGGGGAGAGAGCUGGCGUCCGUUCCCCCGGAGCUCACCGCCAGCCGCCAGUCGUUCCAGCACGCCAUGGGCAACCCCUGUGAGUUCUUUGUGGACAUCAUGUGACAGGACAGUGCCUUCAAAAACAAAACAAAAACACAGUGAGCACAAAACAAUCCUCCCUGAACUCACUUGCGUGUUUUUCUUUUUUUCUCCUCAGUCGUUUGAGCGCCCUUAAAGCCGCGGUAUGUAACUUUUAUAAAAAAAAGUAUUUUUUUUCCUUUCUAUUAUUUCUUAAAACUGUCGCUAUAUCAUGACAGUAUAGUAUGAGAGACAAAAUAUGAAAUAUUCAACUUCCUCUAUCCUUUCCCUGCAGAAAUACAGUUUGGUCAGAAACAACCAAUCACAGCCAGGAGGAGGGUCUUAUCGCUGCCAAUCAAACUCAUGUACCUACUUCUCACACUGUCCUCCUUACUCUCUUCUAUGCUACAUCUGCUUUCAGAUAGCAGAACCGGUCAUGAGUAUUUAGUUUAAUUAGAAAAAUCAAUAUACAGAUGAAAAGUUAACUCCACCAACAAAUCGGCCCAGGUUUCCUUUAUUUUAUAGAUCUCAUCAACCUCGACAAACGUCUGGAAACGAACCGCUGAGUCUUGACUGGCAGACCCACCAGCUCAUGUCUGCACUUUUGCAGAUACCAACAGUGACUCUACUGUUACCAACUCACUGAAUUUCUUGCUAAAUUUAUCAACAUUUCAGACCAAAAUUAGAAUCAACAGGUCAGGCUUUUUAAAGACCAUAGCCAGAAAACUGUAAUUGGAGCAGGAAGAGGUAAAAGCCCCAUGGGAUUAUAUAAAGUCACCACCUAAAUAUUACAAAGAAAAAUAUAAUCCAAGAAUAUAAUGCCUCAUCAGUCGAUCAUAAAUUUAUUAAAUACAAUCAUAUUGAAAAACUAGAAACAUCUGCAAAGCAUUAAUGAAAAUUUAAUAAAAUAUGUAAUAAUAAAAAAAGUUACACAAUUCAGUAGUUUUAAAUAACGUUUAAACUCUUAAAGGCCUUUUGCAGAAUGCUAAGGCUAGUUAGCAGGACCACCAAUGAUAGUGGAUAAACAGUUUUCCUUUAACAGUAAGUUUUUAUGAGCAGCACAUGGCCAAGCAUGAUUAACAGCACUCAGACCGUCCUCCUAGCUCUGAUUGGUUGUUUUUGGCAUUUCUUGAGACAGAAAUAGUAACACUAUCAGGAGGUAGAGGUCUCACAACAUGGUGACAGUUUUAGUAAAUGUAUAAAAAAACAGAUUUAUUUUUUAAUUAAAGUUACGUACCACAGCUUUACGUUCAGAAUGUAGAUACCACCCGGGCCCCUCCGUGGCCCCUCAGCUUCCCGAUGUCCACAGAAAGGAAUACGGGCUGCGAUAGCACAAAGGAAGGAUUCUUCUCGCUCACAAGCACAGGUGCUCCACCUGGACCCCUCCAGCCCCAGCGCCCUUUUUUUACGGACAUGUACAGUUUGUGAAACGUUAGUGCCGUUUGGUGUGGUGACGUCUUCGGAGCUGCCACGCAGAUAUUCUGGGGUGAAACCUCAGACACCGUCUGUUCAGUGAGACCUUUACCUUGGCUGGAACUGGAUCUCAAUCCCCCAGACCCAGACCCAAAACUCUGGACUUGUGUCCAAACCUCCACCUUUUUCUGGGGCUUCUUCGCCAGCCAACACUAACCGUGAUCUGUGGACCCAACAACCGGCUGCCAGUUUGACCAAGGCUGCGUCGUGCAUGUCUGAACUGCUUUAAAGAAAUUUUAUGAAUUCAUUUUGUUUGAAGUAUUAACUAAACUGGAGGGAAGGAGGUUCCCUCUUGUUCUAAAGGAUGAAUCCGUACACUGGAAGAUUUUGUGAUGUUAUUUAUGUGGUCAUGUUGCGUUGAUGAUGUUGUCACAGUUUGUCUCCUCUAAGCUUCUUGACAGACAAUCAGACAUCACCCUUUGUGAAUCAGAGGCUACUUUCCGCUCUCUCAAACGUGCAAUAGAUGUCAAAAGUCUACACACCCCUGUAACUGCAAAAGGUUCUAAAUAAACCAUUUUUAGAACCUUUCCCACCUUUAAUGUAAAAAUAUUUUCUCUGUUAUUCACCUGGAAAACAAAUAAAUCUGUCAGAAGGUGAAAUAUAGAAAAGAUAAAUGUGGUGCUAACCUAGUUGCAUAAAUUUCCACAACAUUAAAUGAAUGCCCUUGAUUCAGUCUUCUUGAGUUCAUACCUGACAUGAAUUAUAGAGAAUUUCAUGAACGUCAAAUCAAUUUCUGCUGUGCCAGAAGGAUUUUCCUCACAUUUGCAUUAUUUAGCUAAAGCAGAAGCUUAAGGAGAGAAUAACAAAAUAUCUUAGUGUCACUGUACAGAGGUACUUUUUCAGAAGAAAAGUACCAAAAAAUAACAGCAUUAUAUUUGCAUAAACAUAAAUCAGUAGUUAGAGAAAAUAUAUAACACUCAAACUGGAUUAUUUUUUUUUUUUUUACAUGUCAAGUGUUUCAUGCGGUCUAGCAACAACUUGAAUUAAAUCUCCAAAACUCCUGUGGAACAAUGACAUGAUUGGAUGAAAUCAUAUCCAAACUGUUGGAUAUGAGUUGAAAUCAAACUCUCACAAAAUGCAAAUUACAAUGAAAAACACAACACUCCCCAAACAGGAAAUUGUAAAAA